ACAACCCCCACUACUGUCAACUAUGCCGAUACUUCUAACCAAGCUCCUCCUAUCUGACAACCUCCUACUUGCCAUUACUGUAGACGUACCAGACAUUUUAUUGUCAAGUGCAAUGCACGAAGACAAGAUCAACAAUUUCAAAGACCCAGACAAUCAGAACAAACUUUUCAAAGUUCUUAUCAAAACUACUCUCGUCAUGAUUAUCGAAAUCAAUCUCACUCUCGAAGUAGAGAUAAUUACAGAAAUAGAAGUCAGUCACAAGACAGAAACCACUAUAGAUUUGACCGAGCCUCUUCUCAAGAACAUA